GAUGAGUGACACAGGCAUUGCUGAAAGAUGGAAGGAGCUAAGUGGGAGUGAGAACUGGAAAGAUCUUCUGGAGCCUAAUUUGGAUUCGGAUCUCCGCCGCUAUCUCAUUCACUACGGAACCAUGAUUGAACCCGCCGGCGAUGCUUUCAUCAACGAACCAGCUUCCAAAAAUGUGGGGUUACCGCGAUACGCCAGGAAAACCCUCUUUGAAAAUACAGGACUUGUGAAGGGAAACCCUUUAACAUAUGAAGUGACCAAAUACUUUUAUGCACCAUCUCUAUUAAAACUCGAGUUCGGAGCUUUAGAGUAUACUUUGGCGGAAUCAAACUGGAUUGGAUAUGUUGCUGUGGCCACGAAUGAAGGAAAAGUAGGUUUGGGACGAAGAGACAUUUUGGUUGUUUGGAGGGGAACAAUCCGACCCUUAGAGUGGGUUGAUAAUUUCAUAUUCCUUUUUGUUAAUGCCCCAUUAAUCUUUGGCCAAAACUCUGAUCCUCUGGUGCAUAUGGGUUGGUACUAUAUGUACACCACCGCCAUUCAAGGUUCUAAACUCAAUGCAACAAGUGCUAGAGAUCAGGUUCGUGAAGAAGUUGCAAGACUUGUUGAGUUCUACAAGGACGAGGAAAUUAGCAUAACCGUGACAGGACACAGCUUGGGUUCAUCCCUGGCAACACUGAAUGCAACCGACAUGGCUGUCAAUCCAUUCAGACCGGACAUUCCUGUCACUGCUUUCUUGUAUGCAAGCCCCAAAGUAGGGGAUGAGAAUUUUAAAAAAGCCUUCUCCAAUCAACAAAACCUUCGAGCCUUGCGAAUCUCCGACCCCAAUGAUCCUGUUCCAAAAGUUCCGCCGAUUGGAUGGAAAGUUGGUGAGACCAUAGAUUCAAAAAUAGAUUACGCAGAUGUGGGGGUGGGUUUGGUGAUUGAAUCUAAGAAUUCCUACUAUUUGAAGCCUGAGGACGACCUCUCCUAUCACGACUUGAUGCUUUAUUUGCAUGGAAUUGAUUUAUACCUGACGGAUCAAAGAACGUAUGAGCGUCAGGGAGACUUUGAUCUUGCCAAAGUUAAUAAGUAUCAGGGUGCUUUGAAAGAUGAGUAUAUGAACGAGAAUCAUAUACCGAUAGCAUGGUUUAACAUAAAGGAUAAAGGAAUGGUUCAGCAGGAAGACGGGAAGUAUAGACUUGACGAUCAUGAGCCGGAUGAUGAUAAGGUGUUUUAAACAGAAACAGUUUGGUGCAUGCAUGUAAUAUGUGUGUUUGAAUAAAACUAAGUCUUCUGUAGCUUCAUGAAGACCUUUGUAUAAUUAUUCAGUGUGGUUUGAAUAAAAUUGGAGCUGAGGCAACUAGCCGCUUGUGGCUAGCUGUCUAGUCCAAUGCAUGUAUAUAUGCAAGGUUUGCUAGCUUGUAUUUGAAUUAUCAUGUUUCAAUCAUCUCAGCUCUUUCGAUCAGCAAUAUAUAUAUAAUAAUAAAAGACUUGAUCGAAUUGCUUUUACUU